AUGGAUUGGUUUCAAAGGCAGAUCAGACAGAGUCCUCCUCAGAUACCGGCCGCUGAAGAAGGGAGCUUGAUGCUUAUGAUCCCUCAGCUUUAUGCUGAAUACGAUGCCUAUGGGAUGGAACACCUCAUGGGUCCACUGGCCUUCUUUCCUUGGUGGAAGCUGAAACAUUAUGAUGUUAUUGUGGGUGUUCUGUCAGCUCGACACAAUCAUGAACUGCGCAGUGUUAUAAGGAGCACUUGGUCCAAGCACCUGAAACAACAUCCUGCACUGAGCCAACGUGUCCUUGUCAAGUUUAUAAUAGGUGCUCAUGGUUGUGCUGUGCCACUGGAUGACAGAGAAGACCCCUACUCCUGCAAACUUCUGAACAUCAGUAACCCAGUACUGAAUCAGGAAAUUGAAGCUUUCAGUCUCCCUGAGGAUGUACCUUCUGUGCUAUCUGAAGACAGAAUUGUCAGUGUGAACUUCCGUGUACUUUACCCCAUUGUCAUUACCAGUCUUGGGGUAUUUUAUGAGGCUGAUGGGGUGGGAUUCCAGAGGAACAUCACUGUAAAACUGUACCAGGCAGAACAUGAGGAAGCUCUCUUCAGUGCUCGCUUUAGUCCACCGAGCUGUGGAGUGCAAGUGAACAGGUUGUGGUACAAGCCAGUAGAGCAGUUCAUUUUGCCAGAGAGUUUUGAAGGUACCAUUGUGUGGGAAAGCCAGGAUCUUCAGGGCCUCGUUUCAAGAAACCUUCAUAAAGUGACGGUGAAUGAUGGAGGGGGUGUUUUCAGAGUCAUUACAGCAGGAGAAGGCUUGCUGCCACAUGAACUCACAGAGGGUGUGGAAGGAAUAGCGGGUGGUUUUAUCUAUACUAUUCAAGAAGGUGAUGCUCUUUUAAAAAGUCUCCAUACUCGCCCAGAAAGGUUUACAAGUCACAUUAAAAAUCUUGAAGAAGAAGAUGCUUUAUUGAAGGAAGAAAGCAGUACCUAUGACGAUAUUGUUUUUGUAGAUGUUAUUGACACUUACAGAAACGUUCCAGCCAAGCUGCUGAACUUCUACCGAUGGACAGUUGAAUCAACGAGUUUUGAUUUGUUGCUGAAGACAGAUGAUGACUGUUACAUUGAUUUGGAGGCUGUUUUUAACAGGAUAAUGCAGAAAAAAUUGGACAGGCCAAACAUUUGGUGGGGAAAUUUCAGACUAAAUUGGGCAGUUGAUCGAACCGGGAAAUGGCAAGAGCUGGAGUACCCGAGUCCUGCAUAUCCAGCCUUUGCUUGUGGAUCCGGCUACGUCAUCUCCAGGGACAUUGUUCAGUGGCUGGCAAGCAACUCUGAAAGAUUAAAGACAUACCAGGGUGAAGAUGUGAGUAUGGGCAUCUGGAUGGCAGCUGUAGGACCGAAACGAUACCAAGAUAGUCUCUGGUUGUGUGAGAAGACAUGUGAGAGUGGCAUGCUGUCUUCCCCCCAGUAUUCUCCACAGGAACUGACGGAGCUCUGGAGAUUAAAGGAACUGUGUGGAGAUCCUUGUAGAUGCGAGGAAAGAUGAUGGACUUGCUUUGGAAAACAGGGUAGCAUAGACUGAUCAUGGAAAAGUGUCCAUUUGGAUUCAUUCUUGGAACAAUAAGGAAUAUUAAGGUAUCGUUUAGUGCUGGGUUUCAACUCAAGUAGAACUAUUUGCACAUCCCUUUUGAUAGUUACCAAGUGGACUGAUACUAUUAAUUUUCUAUAGUAUAGAUGUUGAUCUGACAAAAAAUGUUUAGGAGAAAAAAACCUCCUUUUUAUAUAAAGUCAAAGACUACUUGUAAUUAAUAAAUGCACAUAAGAAUGCCAACUGGCCUGUUUUUUUUUAAAUUAAAGUACUACUGAUUUAAUUCUGUAUAG